AUUUAAGAAGUGUUCCUUUCCUUCCUGGAUGAUCAAAGGAAGGGGAGAAGCCAAAAAUUCUGAGGUUGCUCAGAAAUAAGGUAAAUACUGUCUUAGUUUCGAAUGGCGCGUGGUAUCUGGAACUAAUUCAAGAACGACAAUCGAGCGAGUUAUCUUAUGGAGUGGAUCGUAAUUAAGUCGUUUGAUAUGAGUAUAAAAAAGCUUUUCGCGAUUGUUCAACAAAUAGGCUGUUUCUAAAAGGGGAAGACUUUCGGAAACGUCAACACAUUGUAUUUGACCUGGUAUCCGCGAAUCGGUCGGCUUCAGACACUGGUCAGUUGUUUUUUUGAUCCCGUUUAAGUUGUCAGCGAAUUUUCCUUGGCUAGCUUAACCUUGGCUACUAUUAAAAAGAUUAUGGUAGUCUUCAUUUUUGGACUUUCUUUUGGGUUAUUUCCACUACAUCAACUUUCUUUUGGAAGCGUAUUUGGGAGUAAUAUCAUGGCUUGUUUAUUGCUGGAAAUUAAAAAAAAAUCCUGGUAUCAGUCGACAAGAACUGUUAUUGCUUGACAAAACAAAGAUAAUGAUUAUGAGUUCUUACCUGAAGGCUUUUUCAUCGAACCAAGGAAGUCCAAAAUGCAUGAUUUUUCAUUGGCAAAGCAGAACAUUCUCAGUUUUGAUUUCUUUUUUCAGUUUGUCUUGUUGAUAACAAGUGUUUUUUUUCAAUUUCCAGUAAAAGCAACAUGAACUCUGAUCUAAAAGUGGCUCCUAAUGAUAAGAAAGACACAAGGUUCCGUGAUAAUCGUAAGGGAUCCCCUGAGCGAUGGGGCAAGCCAGGGAGACGUGAAAAUACCCCACCUAAGGAGACCAACAGAAGUGACCCUCACUCUAUUAGGUGUCGCGUUUUCAUCGGUAACCUUCAGAUGAGCCGCAAGGAGCUUGAAGAUAUUUUUGCUCAGUAUGGCAAAGUAGUGGGCUGCUCUGUUCAUAAUAACUAUGGUUUUGUACAAUUUGAAGAUGAAAAGUCAGCUGAUGCUGCAGUUGCAAAAGAAAAUGGCCAAGUUUAUUAUGGCAAAAGAGUAGGUGAGUCAGUGGAGAAAAAAGUUCCAGCAAGAGCACAGUGUAUAGCAAUUUAGCAUGGGGUCAAAUGUUGCUGUGGAGCUUUAGAUAAAAAUUUGAAAUAACAGUUUUUUUUGUCCCACAGUAUUAACAAUGGCCAAAUUUUAAUGGGGUUUUACAUAAGGAAAAGUGACACUUUCUUAAAAGCUUUUAAACUAAACGAAUCUCUAACAUUUACAUAACAACAUCUUGAACAGCCCAGGCCUGGUGAACAAGGUCCAUUGUUCUCAGCUUCCUUUGCUUUGCUGUGUGUCUAAGAGGCUCUUGGUGAUGUCUUUGAAUUAUUAAAAUUGCAGAUGUCAACUUAGCUGGUGAUAGAAGAAAGGAAAAGAUGGAAGACAGACCACGCGACAGAGACUCAAGACCACCCUUCCCUUUCAACAGGAGAGAAAGAGAAUUUGACCGUGAAGGAAACAGACAAUUUAGAAAAUCUCCUCCACGUGACAGACCAAGAUUUGAAGAUUAUGAUCGCUUCCCAUCACGGUUUGAACCACCUCCUUUUGAUCGGCGAGGGAGGUCUCCAUCUCCACCUCCACCUCGGAGAAUGGAUGACCGCCCUUAUGGUGGUGGUAGAAAUGAUGAUUUCUACAUGCGAGACAGAUACAGGAAUGAACCCCCUCCCAGGGAGCCAUAUCCACGACAUGGGUUUGAUCACAGAGGUGAUCCAUAUGACAGAGAUCGGAGGGAUCCAUAUGAUUCUCCUAGGGGCCCAUACCCAGACAGAAGGGAUGAUCGGUUUGAUCGGUAUGACUCCUAUGGAAGGGAUGGUCGUGACAGCCGAGAUUACCCACGACCUGGAGAUUAUCCAGGUCCAGCUAAGAGGCCAAGAAUGGAUUACGAUGGUCCUGAUGAUAUUUACAGCAGUAGCAAAACCAUAGAGGCUCCAACUGACUGUGUUAUAGUAGUCAUGAACAAACAACAAAGGUAUUUGCUGCGAAGUGCCAUUUCAUGGUCAGUCAUUUGAUGACAAUAUAUUUUUUUAGGUAGAACUGAGAAAAAGCUCUAAUUUUUUAUUUUCAUUUUGUUCUCAAGAAAGAUGAUAUUUGCGAGGGUUUUAUUCAGCACACCAUUUUGCUGUUGUUGGUGUAAUGAUGACCUUCAACUUUCGCAGGUGUGCAAGAUCAACUUGUGAGCUUAUUAGCAGCUGUGGAAACAAUAUCAGCCACAGUUGUCAGUCAACUCUCAAACAUCUUGCACAUUAAAAUUUUAAGGAAAUGACCAAACAUUAUGACAUGUUUUUCUCAAAAGCUCUUAGAAUGUUUUGGGGGCCCAAAACCUCAUUGUAAAGUUGUAAAAAAAACUCCAUUGUUUCUCAAGAUUCUUCCAGUAUUCUUGGAGAAAUAAGUAUUUUUCCCUUCUUGUUUGCCCUUGGAAAGCCUUGCUGUAAUUUCUCUUCUAGGAAAUGAUUUCUGUUGAGUGUGUCUAAUGUAAAUUGAACAACUGUAGAUGGCAUAUUCGACAAAAGCAUGCCAGUGUUGCUAGAUGGUCUUUAGUUUGAUACAAGUAGAUUCCCUGUUUGGUAAAGGGAUUUUUAGUUUUAGCCCCACCCUGUCAGGAAUCAGAACUGACCUGGACAAAUUCCUUUCAAUAGGUAGGCUCUUGACACCUUUUGUCCUUCAGAAUUUUUAAUGACCCUCCCAUGAUGUGGGUAUGGAUAUUUCCUUCAGUCCAGGAAUUGCCUAUAUUCAUUUACAAGUACUUUCUUUGUCUUCUAUGCAGAGGCUAUGCAGAACUGGUUCAAAGAAGACUGAAGUCUGUUGGACUGGUGGUAGAUCUGCACUUUCAUGGAACACAACCAAUUGUAGAACUCUUGGAUGAUGUUGCACGGCGUGGCGUGUUGUAUGCAAUAGUGAUAACCAGCCAACACGAGGUGCAUCGCUCAGUGACUGUCAACAUUCUGCAUGGAUCACCCCAAGGUAAAGAUGAAACACCCCUUGCAGGGAAAACAACACAUGCUGGUAAGGGGUUUAUGGGGGGUAGGACAAAAGUAUUCAAACUUAAAUCAUAGUGGCAAAACUCAGGAAUAUGAUAAAAAUGUUCUAAUUACCUAAUUUUCAGGGCUUUCAGAUGGGAGGCUUUUACGAAGGGAGUUAUUUACGAAUUAUUUUCCUUCUGAAUUGUCUCCCAGCUUCACUGAUUACAAUUAAAGGUUGGUUUUCUUUGUUUGAAAAAGCUGCACUACUUAAAGCAUAUAAAAUUACCAUAGGCUUUCAAAAACGAUUACAUUCAAUGGUGAAUUGCUGCCUUGCUCAAAUGACUAACAACAUCAAAGUAUAAGUGGUAUCAUGAUAAUGGCACUGUCAUUAUGCCUGGUGUUUUUAGCAAGAAAUGUUUGUUUUGGGGGAAGAUGUGAGGAGAGGGUUCAUAAACAACUGGCUCAUUAGGGUAUUUACAUGCAAAUCAGUUUGCUUACAGCAAGUUAGAUUUGAACAUCAUCCUAACCCACAACAGGAUGAUUGUUGGCCACCAUGCAUGUGUAUCAGACAUAAGGUAUGGUAUGAACCCUGAGUCAAAGUGAUUCAUCGCGUAUAAUUAUGCUUACUUGAACUCAGAGCCAUACUUGGAUUUCUUUGGCAGAAUUAUGAUCUUUUGUAAACCCAGAUACAAAAGGUUUUUUUAAUCUUUGAUAUUAUUUUAUCUUUCUUUUAUCUUGAGAAUAAAACAUGCUUUCUUUGAUAUGAUUUUGUAUACUGUAAAACUUUCAUAUAAUUUAGCUAUCAAUCAGGGAAUGGAUUGUUAGGUGGAUGAUCCUUGUAUACAUGUAUGUACGACUUACAACUAAAGUGGUGCAAUUUGUGUGAAUUGCAAUCUCUUUUUAUUUACCUCUAUAUAUUUGUUCAACAUUUAUUGCUCAUAUGGUUAAUGAUCAAUAUACAAUAUUGAUACAGCAGUGCAAUUUAUUUAUCCCUUAUCCAAAACACAGUUACAAUUGUCUCAGUAUUAUAAAAUAAUGACAAUGAAGGGUUACUGACAGACCAAAGUAACCUUAAUUAGUUCUAAAUUCAAGGUUGCCAAUUAAUUAUGUAAUUUUCCUGUGAGUAAAAACUCUAUAAAAAAUUAGCUUGUCACAUUGUUAUUAACCCCAUCAUCACUCCUUUACCACCACCACCACCACUACUUACUAUUAUUAAUUUCAAUUCUAUUAUUAGUAUUAUUGUUGUGAUUGAUGUGUGACUGUUUGAAUGCUGUAGUCUACAUUCUUGACAUUCUAUUACAAAUUAUUCCUUCUUUGUGAUAAGUUAUCUCAACAUGUCCUGUUUGCUUCUUUUAGUCAAAUUCUUGUCAUUUGAGUAAGAGAAUUUAAACUAUAUUUUUUUUGACAAAGCAAGAUGGAUAUAAACAAAGUUUUUGGAACAGACUGUUAUCUCAACAAAGUCUUUGCUGUUUUCUUUUGAAUUUUUUUUAUGAUAAUAUGGGAGUUGCAAUUACUGUAACUGUCUUGCAUGAGCAAGGACAGAAAGACAAUAUACAAGCUUAACAUAUUCCAUGAGAGGUAGGAAUGGGCACAUAUUUUGACAAAAAUAAAGUGUAAUAAAUGAUAUACCACAUUGGCCCAGCACCCUGUAUGACAGUACAUAUAACAAAGUCAUUUACUUUGUAUUUUGUAGUGGUUCAUGGUUAAAUGAAAAAAAAAAACCACAAACACAAACCAUACUGUAAUGAUUACUUUUCAAAUUAGAGAUGACACGGAGUACUUUGUCACUUGGGAAGAGUUCACCUACUUGGUAGACACUGAAAUUCCUUGUGGGACAAUUUUUUCCUAUUUUGCUUUAGUUUUGUAAAUGUGAAAUGUGACAAGUAUUGGUGUCUUUCCAGUGAGUUCAGUUGCUAUUCUAUUUCAAGUUACUCCACCAGCACUUUGGUACAUUGUAGAGCUUAUUAUUUAUUACACAGGUGUUCCUAUUAUUGUUCUAUAAUUAUACUCGUGAUUUAAUUUACUUGGUUUGGAAGAAACUGAAAGACCCUAGCAUCUUCUGUCUCUUAAACCUCAUUACUCUUCAACCACUGACAGAAUAUCAUUCUCUCUUUCUCAUUACAACUUAAGAUGAUUAAAUUUUGCAUAGUGACAAUGAUCUAAGGGUGAGUUACACAUGAUUGUCAAAUGACAGGGUCAUGAACACAGAGAUCUGCUUUGUAAAUAUUUGUUACAUUAUCAUCGCCCACAUUGAACGUGUGAUGUUUCUACAUGUAGACUCUCUUACAGGCUUAGCUGAAGUAUAUUUAACCAAACUAUAGAAGUUAUCCUUCUGUGUGUGGUUGUUAUUAACUGAAAAUGGUUGACAAAUAUUUAGAUGUCAUGUAUUUCAUAAACUCUCAACUUAUCGACAUUCUUUCAUAAUUUAAAACCUAGAAGUUUCCUAGAACCGGUAAGUUGUCAGUAAUUAAACAUCACGCGCAAUGUAGUGAUCACGUUAUUGGGGAGUUAUUUACGGAAAUGAAAUGUUAAGACUGAAAACUUUUAGAAGGUUUCAUUUUCAAUGGUCAUAGACCAUAGAGAAAAAAACUCAUAUACGGGCUUAAAACUAAUUUUCGUUUUUUCGUUAAUAUUUAGCUUGUGAGCUUUGUUUUUUCAAACAAUAUUUAAACCAUUUUAAGUUUUAUCAUGGCAUGUAUUUGUGUGUGCUUGCUGUGCUAAUUAAUUUAUUUGCUAUGAGUGGGCUCGACUUUGUUAAUACACCGUUUGAUUAUGCAUUUGUAUAAUGGGCCGUAAUCCAUGUGCAAUAUUUCUUUUAAAUCAUCUGUGGCAUGUGUGGGUAAUAAAAAGUUGGGCUGGGAAGUAAAAUUAUAAAUCCUUUAUCAGCGUAGCACAUCACCAAAACCAGCAUCCACAAGAGGAAAACAUUGAUUUUUUUGUUUCAUGACCUGUUGUCAUCUCUUGUUUCAACUUAAGACCCAUUUUAUCUCCAUACAGAGCAUAGAAACAUGCCUCUUGAUGAUGCUAUGAGACUCGUUGGUCAAAAUUUUGAUCAGUACAUGCAAGAUCUACGUGAAAGAGCGAAAGCUAGCAGUGUUCAGGAAAGUAGCAAAGAUGUCGGUGAGACAGUUUCCAAAGAAGAAAAAUCAUCCGAGAUAUCAUCCCUUUUGAGUAAAGCUGCAGCUGGUGGGAACCUUUCUUCAGACCAGUUAGCAAAGCUGAUUGAUGAUUUGUCGAAACGCCAGCAAGAAGUUGUAGGAAGCACCUCAACAGCCAAUGGCAAGGGAGGUAAAAAUUCACCACGUGAUUUUUUUUCUCUGCAGUCAUCCAACCUUUGUCACCAUGGUCUUGGAAGCUAAGUCAGCUUUAUUCAGAUGUACUGCGAUUUUUUUUGUCUUGACUGGAAAUUAGAUGUGCAUCGUGUGGUGCCGAUUCACUUUACAUCAAAACUUAUUUCUUCACAUUGCAUUACAGAUACUAAAAUUGUGUAGGAAAUUGAAAUUUCGGCUCCAAUUUCUCUGUUGGCCUGAAAACAAGAGCAAAUUAAGACAACAGAGUUUUUCUCAAAGGGUAAUGAACAUACAAUUUAUCUUCUUAAAUCUGUAACAUCCUUGCCAUAGCUGAAAAUAGCUAAAAAUUUUGAAAUUUUAAUUCGUAAUAUUAUUGGGAUGAUAUGAAUUUGGACAAGGAAUUACUCGUCAAAAUGUGGCUUUUAACCAGAGCUGGCUAAUAUUUGUUGACCUGAAAAUGAAACUUUCCGGUUUUAAUUUAAUGAACAUGUAACUAGAAGAAAGGUGCCUGUCAAUGUGUACUGAUCGAAUGGAACAACACUCGCUCUCAUUUAGGACCAUGACUUACAUUGUAUGUGUACUCAUUUUUAAGUCAAAACUGAAGUUUUGGCCUCGUUGGCACAUUGGGAUCGGCCAUUCUGUUCAAGCGCAGAAAGCAUGCAUAAACGGCCCGUAGGUGACGUCAGUUCGGUGUAAGAGAUCAGGGUAAAGUGAAUAUGCAUAAGUAUGACACGUUUUACUCAAAAUCCAUGAUUCUAAAUUCCGGUAGUAAUGGGCCUAUCAUUAAUGUGUUACACAUCUCUUCAGAAGUAUAUUUCUUUUUUGUCGGAUUGGAGAUGCAGUGAUCUUAGCGUAAGCUUUAGGUUGUGCAAAUUUCCUUCCUCACGUCAAUGGUCCCGCAGUCUGGUGAGCCGUUGGGGCUCCACAGAUGAAUUUCCAACCAAUCUACACCAUUUCUUGCGAAUAUUCUAGGAGAUGAUCAACAUCAAAUAUGAGGUGGAAUGUGGUGUCAUAAUGCACCAUCUUGAAUGAAAUAAUUAAGAUGGUAUUUGUAGAAAUAAGCCUCUUUGCAUGUUAUUGAUCCUGUGUGAGGGUAGGAGAGACAUUUUUGAAUUGCCUGGAGAAAGUGUAAUGUGGAAACUGGAAUGUAAUAAGUUUCCUUUGCAGGAAAUAGUGUCACGAAGUAUUGCAGGGCCUUUUAUCCCAAAAUGAUGAGUUUUCUCUAGAUUUCUGAUGUCCCCGGAUAUGCUAAUGAAUUAAAAUUUUGAAACUUAUGAUAAGCAUUGGAAUUCAAGUGGAUGUCCUUGCCUGAAAUUUGUGACAUCAAGAUAGUGUAUGAGAUUUGCCAUAAUGAAAGAACUGUGCAAGUAGCAAAUUGAAAUGUAUUGAAAAUUAACAUAUUGAUAUUCAAACCAAAGAAAACUUCAAAUUGUCUGAGUUAGUUGGUACUAGUAUUUUGGCAAAUUAAUCAGGGAUGUAUUAACAUUUAGCUAGCAGGCAGUCUCAGUAUGAUUGAAAAGUUCUCAUACUUGAAAACUUUACUUUUUUUUACUUCUCUGAUGAUCAAAGUCAGUAACUUUUUGCUCUGAUGACAAUCCUCUGGGUGUUUACGAAUGACAAUAACAUUUGAAAAAAUAACAGACAAUUUUUUUGCUCCUCCUCUUUGCUGUUUUCUGUUUCCUGCGGUAUGUCUACAAUAUUUUUAUUGUUCAUCAUAGUUCCAUUUACACCCGCUUUUUCACCAGGAUUAGCGACAACUCAACCAAGUCAGCCCGCUGUGGAUCCUCAGUCAAUUGCCAAGCAACAAGCCGACCUUCAAGCUAAAAUACUAAGUAUUUUAAACCCUGGAGGAGUCGCCAAGUCUGGUGGUACCUCGAGUAGUUCUCUGACUCAGCAGGCAGCCAUGCCAAGUGUUGUCCCUUCACCAAAUGUUGCUACUGCAGCGAAAUCGGCAGCACUUAGCACUACUGCAAAACCAAUCUUUCCUCUGUAUCUUGCCCAACAAAAACUUGUCACGCCAAUACCAGGUAGUGGAGGAUACUUAUCGUCUUCAGCAGCACCUGGCCCAGGGGCUUUAACAGGUGCGACAGGAUCAAAGACACUGUCUUCUACUCCAUCAAAUCAAAUCGGAAAAUCUCCCCAAAGUGCGGUACAAUAUGGUGUUACAUCUGCAUCGAGUUCAUAUUCUGCUGCUUCUGUCAGAACAACUCCAUCCGCAGCAUAUCAGUACACCAAACCUGCAGCCCAAGGAGUCCAAAGCACCUACGCUACUGGUGCUAACCGAGCUGCGACAGCUUCAUCAAGCUCUUCUUAUGGCUCUCCGGCAACCCAGCGAUCUCAGACGUACCCGGCUGUUACCCAGGCUCAAAAAUCAACUGCCUCUUCUGCCACCCAGUCUCCAAUUUCUGCUGUUUCAAAAGCUGGUCUUGCUGGACAAGCAAUAGGGACAAUUGGCAUGCAAAGACCGAAUGCAGUUGGCCGUGGAUCACCUGGUAGUUUGAGUGGUUCAAGGCCUGGUACAGGCGCCCCUGGAGUCCAGAUGAGAGCCCCGUAUCCAAUGGCAUCUAAAGGUAGAGCUGGUUUACUAGGAGCUUCCCCGACAGCUGGAGUUAGAGGACCCACACAAACUGGUGCUGCCAGAGCCCCUGCACCUUCAGGUUCUCCAGGUGUACGCAUGGGAACUCCUAGAGGUCCCUCACCAGUGGGUAGAGGUACUGUGAGGACGCCAUCCCCAGCAGGCAUGCAGGGACAGGCUCGUGGUAGAGCCAUAGCAGUCCGGGGUGGAGCUAUCUCUGUUCGUGGUGGGGCAGUUGGUGGAAAAGCUGGAACUGGUGCCGCUAGCACGACAGGCGUUGCUGUCUCUCAAACAGCUUCCCCUAAUAGGGGUGCCCUUGUUCAGCGAGGUGCUCCAGUCGCACGGGGCAUUCCUACCAGAGGAGGAGGAACCGGUCCAACACGAGGUUCUCCAGCGAACCGAGGCGCUGCUCGCGGUGGCUUAGCACCUCGAGGGGCCCCUACCUCUCGAGGUGGUCUAAUUUCCCGAGGGGGGCCCCAAAUGCGUGGUGCUCCAAGCGCCCGUGGUGGUCCUUCACAACAGGGUACCCCAAUUCGUUCGUUAGGUCCUGGUGGAAGAAUUGCUGGACAAGGCCCUAUAAAUCGUGGUGCGCCUCGGGGAAGGCCCAUGAUGCGUGGCGGUCCUGGUUUCAGAGGAGGUCGUGGAAAUUCCGGUGGAUACUAAUAGGGCAACAUGAUGUGGAGUUUGCGGACCUUUUAAUACAGAAUUGAACAGUAUCAUAAAUCUACCAUGUUAGUGUAUGUGCAAAGUGCAUGCUUUCUUAUUUGCUUUUGUUGUUUUAGUUGUCGUGUAUCGCAACAAAAAGUGAGAGACUCCUCUUACUCCGCCACUUUCGAAAGAGAAAGGUUUUUAUGUAAAUUUUAUCAGUCACCGUCUGGAGUCUUGUUUCUUUUUUACUUAUGCCACUCUAUUGCUGGCUAGUUGUAGUUGUAUUUCUCUCGCGAAGAUCAUUCUGCAACAUGCUUUUAUUAAAGAAGUCGUAAAGUUUGACCAAAAAACUGCUUUUUUUGAAUGAAUUUGAAUGAAUUUUUUUGAACUUGAAUGCGAACUAUGCUGAAGUUAUCUUCAAUCUACCGAAAUAGCUGACAGAUAAACACGCUAAUCCUACACCCAGUUUAUUUCAUUACGUUAUUAACGGUUACUGGAACUAGCUGGGCCCUUGUUAAAGGUGACACAUACAGAUAUGUAACUUGUAACGCUUCCAGAAUCUCUCUAACUUGUUGUUUUCAAACCAAAUACAUUUUAUGAUGAAAUUUCUGUUUUCUCUUUGGUCCAAAUUAUUCCUCUUUAAAUACUUCUGUUUUCAAUGUUGUAUGUUUGCCCGAAUUAGUCGCUCAAUAUUUCACCUUGUUAUUGUAUCGUCAAGUCAUCUAGUUACCAC